ACAGCAACGCAUACCGAUCGUCUCAGGGAAUGAUGAUAAAUGCCAAUCAGCCCGUAACAUAUCAAAAUGUUGAUACCAACGCGUUGCAUCAUUCCGCUGCUGGUCGUGAUGCCGAGUCUGUUCGUAAAGGCGGCUUCUGGUACAGUCUGUGUUCCAUUGUCACAUGCAAUGCUUGCACUUAGUAGCAAACCUUUUCUUCUACUGCAAAAAUAUCCCAUCUAUCAUUAUGAUUGAACAAUAACCAUCUAAAGGAACACACAGACACAUGCGCCUCUUCUGUUAUUUUCUUUUACCCAUCUUAACCCAUCCGGCCUCUUUUAUUUUGACAAAAAAGAAACAUAUCCUCAUUUUUUUAAUUCUUUUCUUUGCCGUCUUCUAUCCGUCCCUCACCUCUACUUCUUUAGCUUUUCCCCUCAUCGAAAUCCCCUUUCCCCCUUUUGUUCAUAUUUCAUGUGAAAUUAGAACGCUCCCGCUCACACUCUCAACUCACAAUGUUCUAUUUCUUUUCUCCUUCUUCAACAUAUCCUAUUCUGUAAAGCAAAGCAAAUUUACUUAUCGUACUUUCGCUCUAUUAACGACUUGUUAUCGAGCGAUGUGUGCAGAUACACACAUCUAUCAUAGUAUGCGGUCCUAUUAUAUACAGAAGACUCAAGGACAUCCAAUCGAAAUGCAAUUCAUCGAUUUAAUGACAAGUUAAAACAGGUUUUUACUUGUUUAUUUGAUUAUCCUUUUUUUUCUCUAGAGUAUGAAAAGAACUUGCGUAA